AUCGCGUCGCGCGCAUGCCGUCACGGCGCGCGGUGGGAAAAUGGCGGCGCCCUCUGCCCCGCGGCCGCCCCGGCCCCGCAAGGACCCGCAGCCGCUCGUCAUCCCCCGCAACGCGGCCGAGGAGCAGCGCCUGCGGCUGGAGCGGCUCAUGAGGAACCCGGAAAAGACUGUGCCAAUUCCCGAAAAACUGAACGAAUGGGCACCACGACCUCCACCGGAGUUUGUUAGAGACGUGAUGGGUUCCAGUGCUGGAGCGGGGAGUGGGGAGUUUCACGUGUACCGGCAUCUCCGUCGGCGAGAGUACCAGAGGCAGGAUUUCAUGGAUGCCAUGGCUGAGAAGCAAAGACUAGAUGAGGAGUUUCAGAAGAAACUGGAGAGGAAUAAGAUGAUUGCAGAAGAACAAACAGCAAAACGCAGGAGGAAGCGCCAGAAGUUAAAAGAGAAGAAACUGCAAGCCAAGAAAAAUAAACUUGAACAAAAGAAGCAGGGAAAAGAACCUGGUCAAUCUCAAGAGCAAGUCAGCAGCGAGGAGGAAGAGGAGGACAGCAAGGAGGAGGAAGAGAAGGAAGAUGAUGCUGAAGAGCCAAGUUUUUUGAUGGGAAGAGGAUGAGGCCUCUCAGGGACAGCUGGA